AGAGCUAAUCAGUUUUAGGGGAAAUUGGUAGCUGCUUUACUGCCUGUUCCAUGGACUGAAGGAGAAGAUGGAAGAAACGUCAACACUUUUUUGUUGUUGUCGUCAGAAGCCAAUAAGAUAGACUUGCAUUAUGUGUCUCAAAUGGAGUUAAUGCCCUAUGCUAUAAACGGCCACCGCUUAAUAUAUGACCCAACUACUGUGUUCCCCAAUGUCUGUGAACUUUUGAGUUUCAACGUUGUUAUCCAACCUUAAUUGUUGUUGUCUCAGCUAGUUUGUGUUUGGUCGUUACCAUAGGUACCGGAAUAUCGGCGUUUGCCUAUACAGAUGAUGUUGGACUUCACCGUCAAUCUGAAAACCCUUGGGUUUGAGUGUGGACUAAACGAAACUGAAAAGGAAUACUUGUUCCUGCGUGCACGAUCCGCUGGACUGUCUAUUUGUGGAUGUGCGCAUGCUGCUUUUGUCUGCAAACUUGCUAAUUCCUUGAGGAAGACCAUUCAAAGGAGAAUUGUGGACCAAGAUGUAGGGGCAUCAAGUGUCUACAGGCCAGAGAUGGAGCUAAAGGUGGGUAUUCUUGGAGGAGGUAACCUUGGUAAACAGUUGGCCCAUGUGCUUCUGGAAAAGACUGGAAUAAAACCAUCUCAAAUCAACAUUUCAACUCGGAGACCUGAAACUCUUGAAGAGUGUGUCAAAAUGGGGAUUAAGUGCUACUUUGACAACCGGAGACUUGUGGCCUGGGCACACCUGCUGUUCCUCUGCUGCCUGCCCUCCCAGGUGACCACGGUGUGUGCAGAGAUCCGCUCUCACGUACCCAAACACUGCCUGGUGUACAGCUUCACGUCUGCUGUGUCUGUCAAAAGGCUGGCACAGAUUCUUGGACACGACUUCAUUCUGAAACCACAAUAUGAAUUUGGGGUUUGUGACUGGAGUGAUGAGUGGCUGUCCCACAGUCAUCUGACUCUGGCUGUAAAAGACCCCAAAUUAGUGGAAUCAUCUUGUCCUCUUACACUGAGUGGUAGCCUGUCUCUGAAUCCAAAGUGGGUGUCUGGACUGUUCUAUUCUCUCCUGAACAUCUGCACCGAAACACAGAGGACAUCGGCUGAAGCCCUGGAACUAAUCAAUGAGCUAUUUAAGUUGAAAGAGUCAGACACUGUGAAAUUCACCCAACACAGUUAUGUCAGUUCUUCAUAUGCAUCAUCCCUUUCCCCAGACGAGCCUUUUCCCUGGAUAAAUUUGAUUGAUGCUCAGACAAAGGAGACACCAUUAUCAUGCUUUAUAACAAGGAACAAAGCAAUUCAAGGGUGUAUCUCUGCUGUUUACAAACAAUCCCUCGCAGGGCAGGAACACUAAAAAUGGAAGAUAAUGGCACUAGUUAAAGAAGGUAUCACAAAAUACAGCAUCUCGUGUCAUGUUGCUUUUCAGAAAUAUUUUAUGCCAAUACGUAGGUAUUCAAUAAAGAUCUAUUGAUGA